AUAGGUCUUCAAUUCCACAUAAGCUUACAACCCAGAAAAAAAAAAUACUUCUACUAAAAGAGGAAUAAAAUAGAGAAACAAGUCAUACCAGUCGCUCAGUCUCACCCACCUUCCUCCUCGGCCGUUCUGCAAUCACAGUGAUGAUCAUGUGGCCAAGUGUUGGAGGAGCUUCUUCGAUCUUCUUCUUCUCUUGCACAAUACUAAUCUUACUAUCAAUUCUGUUCAUCUGUUCAAUUUCCACUGUCUCUUCAAGCGGAGUAUUCAGUUUGAAAUUCAGAUAUGCAGGCACUAAUCGUUCUCUCAAUUCUCUUAAACUCCAUGAUUCUAUUCGUCUCCAAAUGCUUUCUAAUGUCGACCUUCCUUUGGGUGGUACUGGCCGCCCUGAUUCUUCUGGUCUAUACUAUGCAAAAAUGGGUAUUGGGACGCCUCCAAAGAGCUUUUAUAUGCAAGUGGACACGGGGAGUGAUAUCACGUGGGUUAAUUGCAUUGAAUGCGAUGAGUGUCCUAAAAGAGGUUAUCAUGGAAUAGAACUCACGCUUUAUGAUCCCAAGGACUCUUUAACAGCUCAAAAGGUGUCUUGUGAUGAAUCUUUCUGUUUGGAAGUAAAUGGUGGUCCAUUUCAAGUAUGCAAGGCCAAUGAAUCAUGUUCAUUUGCCGAGUUUUAUGGGGAUGGGAGCUCUAGUACUGGAUAUUUCGUGGAAGAUGUCGUGCACUAUGAUCAAGUUUCCGGUGAUCUUCAGACAACAACCGCGAACGGUACUAUUAGUUUUGGGUGUAGUGCUGGACAGUAUAUGGAUGGAGGUUCAUUAAAUCCCGAUGAAGCUCUUGAUGGUAUUCUUGGAUUUGGGAAGUCAAAUUCAUCUGUAAUCUCACAACUAGCUUCAUCAGGACAAGUCAAAAAGAUGUUUGCUCACUGCCUAGAUGGUGGUAAUGGUGGAGGCAUCUUUGCAAUUGGAACAAUUGUGCAGCCAAAGGUUAACACAACCCCAUUGAUACAAAAUGAGCCUCAUUAUAAUGUGAACAUGACUGGGGUUAAAGUUGGAAAUUAUUCUUUGAACCUUUCAUCAAAUUUAUACGAGUUAGGAGGCAAGAAAGGAGCCAUAAUUGAUAUUGGUACGACCCUUGCAUAUCUUCCCGAAGUUGUUUAUGAGCCACUAGUUAUUCAGAUACUUUCGAGGCAACCUAACUUGAAGUUGGUUACUGUUCAAGACCAAUACACCUGCUUUAAGUAUACGGAAAGUAUUGAUGAUGGAUUUCCACCUGUGACCUUUUAUUUUAGCAGUGGGCUUUCUAUGACGGUGUACGCUGAUGAAUACUUUUUUCCUGUUGAUGAUUUAUGGUGUGUUGGUUGGCAAAAUAGUGGGACACUAUCCAGGGACAAGAAGAAUCUCACUCUUUUAGGAGAUCUAGUUCUUUCAAACAAACUCGUCGUAUAUGACCUGGAAAACAUGGUGAUUGGUUGGACGGAUUAUAACUGCUCAUCGAGCAUUCAGGUAAAGGAUGAGCAGACAGGAACGGUUCAUCUAGUAGGUCCUCAUUUUAUUUCUUUUGCUUCUACUGUAAAUAUUCAAAUGGGUUUACUCGGGUUAUGUAUAGCUUUCUGUUUUAUGUUUUCGCUAAGUUGAACAGAAGCCGACUCUAUAGCCAAAAAUGCAUAUAAUCGCAUAACGUAACAUGGGUAACCGUCGUAGAGAAGUGUACACAGGUUACAGAUAUAGGAAUUCAAAGAAGUUUCAGUUGAGAUGAGAAUCCCUUGUAAAUAUAACUACAUUCUUAUGUAUCCUAAUUAAAUUUGCACCAAGAGUGCAAAUUGUAGUCUCUAACCAGUUUUUUUAAUCCUCAAAUCAUGCUGUAGAAUAGCUGCCUUGAUGUGCAGCAAACAUAAUUCCUGUGUUUCUUGCAGCAAGCAUAGUUUUUCUAAUACCUCUAGCGACCUGUUUGGUUGUCGUGAUAAAUGAUUAGAAUGAUAAUGAAAUGCCAGUGUAAUUUUGGAAAAUCUCUUGACAUGUUUUAUGGUUAUUCUUAUCAAAUAUCAAUUAUCUUAUUUUCUUCACAAAAUUCAUUUUAAUGUAUUAAUAUUUUAAAAAAUGGUAUUAGUUGGUAAUGGAAAUUUGUGAAAAAAAAAACUUUUUUAUGAUCACAUUUUCAUUAACAUUGGAAUGACAUAAUACAUUCCUUGAAAAUUUAUACUACAAAUCAUUUUUAUUACAAUCAUUCAGAAUUAAUAAUCAAAUGGAUUGUUAGUGUAAUGUUGGGAUGGAACCCAAAAUACUCCAUGAGCUUGUAAAAAUUUGAAAUAGAUAAGAUUAAUUAUUUAUUAAAAAAAAGCACACAAUAAGA